GUUGUUGACAUGUUAUUCCUAUAGAAUUUACAUAUUUGUCAAGAAUUAUAAAGUUUGUUAGAAAAAAGAUAAUUCUGAUCUGUCUUGUUUCCCCUGAAAUCUUUGAUUUGUUGCAACCCCAAAAACCAUCACAUUUGGCUAGCAAAUUGAGUUUUCAAGUUUUUUUCUUUUCCUAUUCAAUGCACAUUUCUCAAAGUUUCAAGCUUUCACCUUCAAUGGUCGUCAAAAACCAAUUUUCUCAAAGACCCUUUUGAACAUACAUUUUCAGACUCGAGGGAAUUGUCCUUAGCUUCUUCUUAAUGCUGAAAAUUUAAGAGCAGAAAGAUACAUUCUGAGAAAAAACUGCCAUAUGGCUGGUGACAGAUUGUAGCAGCACAUUUUCCUUUGGGUUUCAAAUAUUGAAGGCCAGAUAUGUCUAUGCAGGAUGAAAAUUCUGAUACAAAAGAAGUAAUAUGUCCCCAGAGAAGGCUAACAAAUCUGAUGCAUCAUGGUGGGAACAAGUUUUGUGCUGAUUGCGGAACUCCAGAGCCAAAAUGGGUAUCUUCGAGUCUUGGAGUAUUUAUUUGCAUCAAGUGUUCUGGCAUACAUAGAAGUCUAGGAGUCCACAUAUCAAAGGUUCUAUCAUUGAAGCUAGAUGAAUGGACAGAUGAACAAGUUGAUGCAUUAGCAAAAUUAGGAGGAAAUACACUAUUAAACAAGAAGUAUGAAGCUUGCAUCCCAAGUAACAUGAGAAAACCAAAACCACAUUCUUCCAUUGAAGAGCGCUCUGAAUAUAUUCGGAGAAAAUAUGAGAUGCAACAGUUUAUGGGGUGUGAUGACAAUGGGGCAGGCCCCAUUGUCCCAUCAUCUCAAGGAAGAAGUGUAUCACUUGCUCAGUGCAGCUCUUCAUACUAUCAUUCUAUUAUAGACAAAAAACCAUCUGAAAGAUUUCCAGGCAGAAGUCGAAUUGGGAAUGCAUUCCGAAAUAGUUGGGGAAGAAAAGAUUCUGAGCACAAGUCAAAGAAAAGUACAUCAUUGGCAGGUAUGGUUGAAUUUGUUGGGUUGAUUAAGGUUAAUGUGGUUAGAGGCACUCACCUAGCUGUUCGAGACGUGAUGACUAGUGACCCUUAUGUCAUCCUUUCUUUGGGACACCAAUCAGUAAAAACACGAGUCAUAAAGAACAAUUUGAAUCCAGUGUGGAAUGAAAGUCUAAUGCUUUCAAUUCCUGAGAACAUUCCUCCUCUAAAAGUGCUUGUGUAUGACAAGGAUACAUUUUCAACUGAUGAUUUCAUGGGAGAGGCUGAAAUAGACAUUCAACCUCUAGUUAUAGCUGCAAAGGCCUAUGAGAAAUCCAACAUCAAUGAGUCCAUGCAACUUGGUAAAUUUGUGGCAAGCAAGGACAACACCCUUGUUAGAGAUGGUAUCAUAUCCCUUGAUGAAGGCAAGAUCAAACAGGAGAUCUCAGUGAGACUUCAGAACAUUGAGAGAGGUGAACUUGAGCUUGAGCUUGAGUGUGUUCCUCUUACUCAAUAGCUGGAUAAAAGUUAAGGAUCAAAACUCAUCUUGAAACUGGUUUUAGAGAGCACAAAUCAUAGGAAUUUGUAUGUGUGUAGAUUCUCCUGUCUCCUUCUCUGUUGUACAUUAUUCCAUGACAUGAUGCCAUUACUUCACUAUCAAAGUUUCUGUCUUUUCACAGAGUUCAAUGUCUCUGAUUCAUCAUCACAUACUGAGAUAAGAAGACCUUUGUUGCUGUAUUAGCAUCUUAAGAA